CUGAUUAUUCUCUGACCAAGCUGCUUCUUCUCUUCUCAUCUCAUUUACUCAAUCUCUCGAUCUCAAAUCUUAGUAUCCUCCUGCGUUAGACAGACGUUGUAAUGGAUUCUCAGGACAUCAGGCAUCGUGGAGGAGACGACAGAGACGCAGCAACCACCGCUAUGGCCGAGACGGACAGGAAACAGGCAGAUGACAACAACAAAGGCCAACGCGACCAAAAGAGGGCGAUGGCCAAACGCGGUCUUAAAUCGCUAACGGUAGCGGUUGCGGCUCCUGUGCUCGUGAUGCUCUUCGAAACGUAUUUCCUCGGCGGCGGCGGCUACGGCAGUCGUGCUCGGUCCUCGUCGUGGAUCCCACCUCCGUGGGUCCUACACGCCACUCGCCUGGCGUCGAGCGGUCUGAUGGGCUUGGCUGCGUGGCUCGUAUGGGUGGACGGUGGAUUCCACAAGAAGCCCAAUGCUCUGUAUCUUUACUUGGCUCAGUUUACGCUUUGUUUGCUUUGGGGUCCGGUUACGUUCCUGGUCGGGUCAGGAGUAGCCGGGCUUGUGGUGUGGUUAGGCCAAUCUGCGGCCUUGUUCGGAUGCUACAAGGCCUUUAAUGAGAUCAGUCCGGUAGCUGGUAAUCUGGUAAAGCCGUGUUUGGCUUGUGCUGCGUUUGUUACUGCCGUGAAUGUAAAGCUCGCAAUCGCCUGAGAAAGCCAACGAUGAUCGAUCUUUGGGGAUUCCAUUCCAUGUUUGUUGUAGAGUCGUAAUUAAGUGUUUACUUUUUUUGUUUUUUUACGAGUGUUUUGUGAUACAUAUAUUAUAAAUAAAGACGUUGCUGUGAUCCAAUUUUCUUCUCA